ACACUCUUGCUUUAUCUAUAUUUGUAAUUUUUAACUUAAACAUUAUACUAACACAUACAUUCACACACUGUGCCAUGUGUCCUGUGAAUGAACAUUACUGUUUUCCUAGACUGGAUCAUCCUUUGGAUGAAAAUUGAUGACAGGCUAUCUGUCUGUAAAGGGGAUUAAAGCUUCUGAGGGUAGAGUGGGAAAAGUGCUGAGAAGUAUUCAUCAGCCCUAUCACAAUGCAAGACAGCAGGGUGCCCGGAAUUUAAACCCUAUACCCUACAAGGCCGAAUACAUGGGCCACAAGAUCCAUCUAGAUCAAAAUGAGAAGCUUGUUAUGUUUGGGGUGACGCAUGUUAUGGCUGUCGAUGGAUUCAGCAAGAAGGUUGUCGGUCACACAACAAUGCCUGUAAAGAACAACAUUGUCAUUUAUGAGGAUGUGUACAGGCCUGCUGUGCUUUCCCAUGGACUAUGGGACCAGGUCAGAGUUGACUGUGGGACAGAAUUUUAUCUGACAUUGUUCAUCCAGGAAAAGCUGGCAGGACACAGACACAAUCGUCAAAGGCAGCCUUACGUUCAGACGCCAUCUACAAGGAACCAUGUCAUAGAGAGAAUGUGGCUGGAGGUGAAUACAAGAGUCAACUACCCUUUGAAGACAGCUUUGGUACAGCUGGUAGAUCAGGAAGAGCUGAACAUGGAGGACAGCAUACUGUAUCUAUGUAUACUGUGUGUCAAACUUAACAUGCCAAAUGGCCAAGAUUGGCAUGACAAACGUUGUAGAGGCAUGGAAUGCGCACAGGAUCCCAGGAAAAGGAAUUCCUAAUGAAUUGGCUAAGGAUGGGUGUGCAGCAAAAGUUGCUGAAGACAUUGUGCCUCUUGGUGAUGUUGCAGCUGACCUGUAUACGCAAGAACUGGGAUCAACCUUGAGAAGGGAAUCAAUUUUUGGAGUGGAUCCGUUCCCCUCCGAGGAAGCACGACAGCAGACUGAAAGUGCAUUUGGUUCUCACUUUGAUUUGGUAUCAUUAUACCAAAAUGUAGUUCACCAGUACUAUGACCCUUUUAAAAAUGCAGUUAAAUAUCUUAUUGAUUUAACCAGAAGAUCUGUGUGACUUGUUACAAU